AUGGCUUCCAAUCACAACCCAAAAAUAACACUCUACUGGCUCGAGAAUUCCCGCGCUCAGCGGAUCAUCUGGCUGUUGGAGGAGUUGAAACUUCCCUACGAGCUCAAGAUGUUCAAACGAAUGAAGGAUAUGCAGGCAGAUGCAAAGCUAAAGGAGAUCCAUCCUUUGGGGAAAUCCCCAGUGGUCACGGUCGAGACUGCAGGCGCCUCAAACCCUGUCGUUCUGGCGGAAUCUGGUGUUAUAGUGGAUUAUCUGAUCGAUUGCUUUGGGACCAAAGACACCAUUACACGCUACGAAAGGUUCCCCUCCGGCAGUGAGCAUUCGGUCGGCGGGGAAUCAGAGUCUUGGAUGAGACAACAGUACUUUAUGCAUUAUGUUGAAGGUAGUUUGAUGCCAUUCCUUCAGCUUGAGGCUGUUCUUACGAAUAUCCGCAACGCACCAGUGCCGUUUUUCAUCAAACCCGUGACACGGAUGAUCUCCGCCAAGGUCCACGAGGCCUACCUCGGCCCUAAUUUGAGAACUCAUAUGGACUUCCUCGAAGGACAAAUCGCGUCGUCGCCUGGGGGAGGGCGCUAUAUCUGUGGCGAGCAGCUGUCAGGCGCAGAUAUCCUCAUCGUUUAUGCGCUGGAGGUAGAGGAGGCAAGUGGUGUCCUCAAUCCAAAGACCUACCCAAAAUUGACAGCGUAUUUGAAUGGCUUGAGGGCAAGAGAUGCGUUUAAACAAGCUACCGCCAAGGUCGAAUCAACGGGUUGGAGUGCUUCUCCGUUGCCCAGGCUGUAA